AUGGCCCCAGUUAUGCAAAAGAAAAAGAACCCUGUUCAAAAGGAUGAUAUCAAAAAAGAUUUUGCUGAAGCAAUUAAUCUAGCUCUUACAUCUUACAAGAAUCAAAUUAAAAAUAACCGUAAAUUGAGACUUAUUGAUAUUUUUGCUGCUAUGUUAGUUUUUAUUGGUAUCUUCCAAACAGCUUUUGUUGGUAUAAUUCAAGAUAACUAUCCUUUCAAUGCUUUCUUAGCUGGUUUCAUAAUAUGUGUUGGUCAAUUUGUUCUAUUGAUGUGUUUGAGAUUACAAUUGACUCACCCAUUUGAAGGUAUCUCUAAGAGUAAGGCCUUUGGAGAAUUCGUCAUUGCUAGUUUGAUCCUGCAUUUCACUUGUCUACAUUUCAUCAACUAG